AGGCUAUUACCGUGACCGGAUGUUCGCAACUAACUCUCUCGUUGUUAGAUCCACCUCUGGCUUCGCUCGUGAAGCUAACACGUUCAAUUUAGAUUGACUAUGAACGACUGUCAGUAAAAGCAACGUCACCGUGCUCUCGUGUAUACCUACGAGAGGAAUUUUCAUCAGAAAUCAGCUUGUACAAAUUCGUCAAACUGGACCAAUAUGGACCUAAGGAAGAACAACAUCUUUGUUUUUCAUCGUACGUCGCAUGGAAAUAAAAGAAAACAAAUAAUUCGAUUUGAAUGGAUUCGUGAGCAUAUAUACAUACAUACAAACAUACCUUACGCCUACGAAAAAUGUCGUGGCUCUUCGGGAACUUUGAAUGAGAACGAACAACAACGAUGAAUCAUUCUACGAAAACUUUUUUGGCAGAUCAGAUAGGAAGAGUUGUGUUUUUUAACGAAGUCAUCUCUCGACCGGUUUUUGACUCAGAAAAGAAAAAGACAAAGAAAUGAAAAGAAGGAGUCAUCGGUGAGGAGACAAACAAGGACGAACGUCCUUUCAAGGAGAAAAUACACAGGAGAACAACACACAGAUUCCUAACGAUUGUCAUUCGCUUUCUUCGAAGUCAAUACAGCGGACUCUUGUCCUCUUCGUUAUUCGCUUUUCUUUUCUUUAUCAAGUGGAUCUAUGAAGACGAACGCUUGUGUGUGAGAGAAAGAGAAAGAGAGAGAGAGAGAAAGAGACAGAGAGAAAGAGAGAGAGAGAGAGAGAGAGAGAGAAAGAGAGAGGGAUAGACGAGGAGAGAGUCAGCUGCUUCGAUGAUAAAAAGCGUUGAGCCGAUUAAAGGGUAACGUCAGUCGGUGUUGUUCCUUCCUCCCUCUUGUGUUGAUCAUUGAUGUGACUGAAAGUCGCAUAAGUUCGUUCAUCUAGUGCACGGGAAUUAUUUAUUUAUCUUUAGAAAUUUUUUAAACUAGUCGAUAUUGGUCAUGCCAGUGAAAGAGUGGUUCAGAAAGCUACAGCCUGUACAGCUGUACUUGGUGGUGUUCUUCACCGUGGCAUUCUUCAUCAUCGAGAUGGUAGCCAGUCAUGUUACACACUCGUUAACAUUACUUCUCAACGCCUAUUAUAUGCUUUGUAACAUUAUUGCAACCCUCGGCUGUCUAGUUUCGAUCAAGUAUGCUCCACGCGAAAGUUACAGAAGUAUUUACAAUAGUACGAGCAGUUCUCUUGGGGAUUCAGUGAUAUGUUUGGACGGCCAGGAACAUGGCUCAAAUACGUCUUUAUCGACGAAGACAAAGCAAUCACGAUCGGACAGGAGAAUGAAGAAUAGUUUUGGAUGGGCUAGGAUCGAUAUCCUAACAAUGCUAAUUUGCUGCAUUCUCCUAGCUUCCUUCUGUUUCUCUCUCGUAGUCGAGGCGUUACAAACGCUGGUCCAUAUAGAUCAUCUCGACGAGAUGCAUCAUCCUGUGGCUGUACUCUGUAUUGGGGCAGCCGGUAUUUUCCUCAACAUUUUUUGUUACAUUCUCAUUGGUGGAUUCACAUUUAAUCAGGGAAUAUUGUUGCACGUUACCAAUAAUGGGGACGUCAUUUUUAGAAGGAAUAUAAUAUCACAACCAGAGACGGAAGGUGAGCAACGAUUAGCAGUACAAACUAGAAGAAGUCCUUUAGCUGUUCCAAGAAGUCAAGGAUUUCGAAGGAUAUGCCGUGACGUUCUCGGUUGCAUUUUCGUUAUGCUUGUAUCAAUAUUAGUGUACUUCACUGAUUCAGGCGUAGCCAAGUAUUUAGAUCCCGUUUUUGCCAUUAUUUCAUCGAUAUCGCUUUUAAUUCUGAGCUAUCCGUACAUGAAGGAAUCUGGUUUGAUACUACUACAAACUAUUCCAAAUCAUAUUAACAUCGAUUCCCUGAAGAAAGAACUACUUGAAGCUUUUCCAGGUAUCGUCAAUGUCCAUGACUUUCAUGUUUGGCAAUUAACAUCGCAGAAGAUUAUACUAACAGUGCACAUAAUAUUUUUAGAUCCUAUGGUUUACGCCAGUAUCAUUGAUCAAAUAACAGCGUUUUUUAUCGAAAUGGGUAUAACUCAAGUCACUAUACAGCCAGAAUUUCAUAAGAUGAAACCAACCACGGAUAAAACUGAUUGCUUGAUACGUUGUCACGGUGAACUGUGUAGUUUAUCGCAGUGUUGUACGAGAGAAAAGCUUGGACAGAAAUCAUCUUCCGAAGAGUCAUUGAAACACGUACACGUGAUCAAUAAGAAGUUUGAAAAAAAAGAGAUCAUACCUGCUUCACCGAUGAUAGAUUUAAAAAAAUUUGUGAUACAUGAUGAAGAGAGCCCAGAAUCGGCACCUUCUACGACGAGUGGACCAAACAAUAGUGAGGCAUGCCAAUCGAAUGACGAACAAGUACAAAGCAAAAAAGAUAAUGCUAACGACAAAAGUUCCUAUUCGAUAAGCGUGGACGUUAAUGAUCAAAAACUUGCUGCUAACGACUCGAGUCACGAUACCGUAUCGUAACUUUAUCCUUUUCUCGGCCGAGAAUCGUUACUUCCUUUGCUCGCAUUAUUUUUUUUCCCUUUUUUUUUUUUGGAAGAAUCUUCCAACGAUAAGACUGUAUUUUAGUAUUAAGUAUUUUUAAUUGUGCAUAGAUAAAAACGUUCUAUCGAUUUUCUGUCGAUUCAAACGUAAAAAUGGAAAAAAAGAAAGAAAACAAGAUAGAUGGAGACGGAACGAAAAUUAAUUCUACGUCGAAUUUUUAUAAUUCGUAUUGUUGUUUUAUUUUAUCUAAUAUUAGAGAUAGAAGUAUUUCAUAAAUACAGUACAAAUGAUUAAUUUUUCAUUUACAAUCUUAACGCAUGAAUAUAUGUUAAUUGUUUUUGCUAUUUCUUGAACCAAGUCAAACGAGGAUAUUUGACUACAAGAUUUAUUAUAGUUUGACAAAUCGUAAACUGAAAUAAAUAUUUGUUAAAAAAUCCAUUUUUUUUUUUUUUAUAAAGAGGACGUCGAGAUUUUUAAUGAAAUUCUUAAAUUGGAACGAUCGAGUGGAAUUAUUUAUCGUCUCCAUUGGUAACGUACGGAUCGAUAUCAGCGCCAUCAACUUUUCCACUUGAAAGGUACUUCAACUUUUGCAGUUGAUAACAUUUCCUAUUGAGAUAUGACAUAAGUUACGAAUAAAAUAGAUCUCGAUUUAUUCAUUGUAAAUAUACAUAUAACAAUUAUUUAAAUGAAUUAUUCAAACUAUUUUAUAUAUAAGUCAUUAAUCCUUCAAAUAGUAAUAUAAAGUAUUAAUUUUUAAUUGCUUUUGUAAUUACGAUUGAUUUAGUUCAAAUCUAAUCAUUUCUUUUAUCGUUAUAAAACUUUGCGCGGUAAAACGAAAGUGUCUUCACGUAAGUGUUACGAGAACUUUCACGUAACGUAAUCUAGAAUAAUUAAAAAUAUAAAAAUAUUACAAUUAAAAAUUCAUAGACGUGUAUGAAAUCACGUAUGUAUUUAAAAAAGGAGAAGAAAUGAAAGAGAAAAAGAGAAACUGACGAAAGUCGAUAAGAAGAGUUCUGUCCUUACCGAUAGAGAAUUUCAUUCAAACUUUACAGUGUGAUCUUCGCGGUUGUUCGAAACCAAUUACAUUCAUAACUCUCGAAGAGAAAACGUGUAACCUUGAAUUAAAAAAAAGAAAA